GUCCUGAUGACAUAUGUCCAAGAUCCAACCUUUAUGUUCAUUCUCUCAUUCUUUGCUUCUCUAAUCUAACAUGAAUCUUUUCCCUCUUUCACGUUGUCCAUGAUACUUAGAUCACUGACAUAUUAUUGCGGUACAAAUUAUGGCGGAGGUUGAUAUUGCUCCCCAAUUCGGCCUUGAGUUGAAGGAUGGAUUCAAAUCGACAAAUGCUUGGGUAACCAACGGUAUCAACUGGAUAGGCAGCGACAUAGAAGGAUUCUAUCGCGAAAGGAGCGUCAUUGAGAAGGAAUACAGCGCAAAGCUUGCGGCUUUGGCAAAGAAGUAUUAUGAGAAGAAGACGAAGAAGUCGAGCAGUUUAAGUGUCGGCGACACACCUGUUAUGACCCCUGGUUCACUAGAGAGUGCGUCAUUAACAACAUGGACCACACAACUCACCACUCUCGAAUCUCGCGCAGCGGAACACGAUCGCUUUGGAGGGGAAUUGAUAACGCAAGUGGCAGAACCACUGAAGGUACUUGGCGGACGUUACGACGAGAUAAGGAAACGUCACGUUGAAUAUGCGGAUAAAUUGGAAAAGGAGAGAGAUGCUACGUAUGCGGAUCUGCGCAAGAUGAAAGGGAAAUAUGAUGCUGCAUGUCAGGAAGUCGAAAACAAACGGAAGAAGGCGGAAUCUUCAUUUGAUUAUUCAAAGACAAAAGCACAAAACGCAUACCAACAACAGAUCCUCGAGAUGCACAACGUUAAGAACAGCUACUUGAUCGCCAUAAAUGUCACGAAUAAACAAAAGGAGAAGUAUUAUCAUGAGUAUAUUCCGGAUCUUCUCGACAGCUUACAAGACCUUUACGAAUCGCGCACGAUUAAACUCAAUGCUAUAUGGUCGCUAGCGGCGCAAUUAGAAAAGGGGAUGCUGGAACGUAGCACAGAGUUUGUCAAUCACGUAUUGGUUGAGAUUCCAAGAAAUCAGCCUUCUCUAGAUUGCAUGAUGUUUGUCAGACAUAACGUAGGAACUUGGCAAGAGCCUCCGGAUAAGCCAUUCGAACCAAGUCCUGUGUGGCACGACGAUGAUGCGAUGAUGGUGGGAGAUACUGCUAAGGUUUUUCUUCGAAACGUUCUUAGUAAAUCUAAAAAUCAACUUGGGGAUCUGAGAAGAGAAGUGGAUUUGAAACGACGGGAAGUUGAGAGCACGAAACGUGUAAAGCAGCAAAUCAGAGAGGGUAAAGAUCAGCGGGACGAAGUUGAAGUUGUUAGAGCCAUUUUUGCUUUACAAGAAGAACUACAUCAGGUUGAUCACAAGAGGCUGACUGCAGAGGUUGAAACAUCAACAAUUACGGAAGCCGUGGGGGAUGUUACGUUAGGCUCGAAGAGUCACAACUUCAAAUCUCAAACCUUCAAAAUACCCACUAAUUGCGAUUUGUGCGGCGAACGUAUUUGGGGACUUUCAGCAAAGGGUUUUGAUUGUAGAGAUUGUGGUUAUACGUGUCACAGCAAAUGUGAGAUGAAGGUUCCAGCUGAGUGUCCAGGAGAACAGACCAAAGACGAGAAGAAGAAACUGAAAGCAGAACGUCAAGAAGCUGCCAAUGCGGUUAAAGCUCCAGGUACAGGUCUUGCAGAUAGUGUUGCGGAACUUCCAACCAUGAGUCGAUCUAAUACCAUGAACUCAUUAAGUUCAGGUUAUGCUGCUAGUGCACAUAGAUCAAUCUCGGCAAAAUCUCCAACCGAGGAACCACCUCCAGAUGCGGCGGUUGAUCGAAGGAGAAGCAUAUCUUCAAGUCUCAAGCCCGGCGGACUUUUAAAGAAAAACAGAGUUGUGGCUCCUCCGCCAACAGCAUAUGUUAGCGAAUUACCAGGUAGCAGUGUGGCUGAUGGAUCGGCAUCAAAAGAACCGAGAGGGAGAAUGUUAUAUGCGUAUGACGCUAAUGGUGGCGAAGAAGUCACAGUUAGCGAGGGCGAAGAAAUUACAAUACUGGAACCAGAUGAUGGCGGCUGGACCAAAAUCAAACAUGGCUCCAAGGAAGGUCUGGUCCCUACCGCCUACCUCGAAGUUCUACCUCCUUCUUCCCCUCCAAACCCUACGAAUAGACCCAUCUCUAUAAUAUCCACCUCUGGUUCCUCUAUCUCCACUGGGAAGAAACAAGGCCCAGUUGUGGCACCAAAAAGAGGAGCCAAAAAGCUGAAGUAUGUAGAAGCGCUUUAUGAGUAUACAGCGCGGACUGAUGCGGAACAUAAUAUGGUGGAAGGCGAGCGCUUUGUUCUUAUUAAGGAUGAUCCUGGAGAUGGAUGGAUGGAGGUUGAGAAGGGGGGGCAUAUCAAGAGUGUACCGGCAAAUUAUGUACAGAUUGUUUAG